AUGUGCACCGCAUACAAAAAAGCAGAUCAAUGGAGAAAUGAGACAGGCGCCGGCCUAUUAGAGGAGGAAGGUAUUGAAAGCAUUGAACCGAGUAAUAGAAUAUAUGACGAUGAAAUUGAGAGAAUUUUGGAUCUUUCCGAUGAUGAAGAAGAAGAUUUCAGUGCUUCCGAAAGCGAGUACGCACCAAGUCCAUCCGAAGAGAUGAUGCAGGGAAGUUCGUCAGAUGAAGCAGUAGAUAGUGAUGGUUAUGACGGCAGUGAUCACAAUCUGGAAGGCAGCGAUGAAGAAAGCAGUAAUAGUCCUACUCAACCGACUCACAAAAAUAUUAUACCUUUUUCAAAAAACAUUUUACGUGGGAAGAAUAAACACAAAUGGACGACAAGCAAAGGAAGACGGCAUCGUUCAGCGGGAAAUAUAGUGCAUCAGGCUAGUAAACCCAAGCUCGAAAGAGCUACGCACGAGCAGUUGAAGGCAUAUGUGUUGUUUUGCCAAGCACACCCAGAAAUUAGUACGGGGAAAAAUUGCCCAAAAACGCCUCAACGGAUGAAGGAGUUGUGGCAACAGCUGGCAGAGCAACUUAAUUCGUGCAGAGGACCAAUACGAAGUGCUACAAAAUGGAAAGAGACGUUAGACGUUUGGAAAAGCCAACUGCGCACUCGAGCAAGGCGGUUGAAAAUGACUCAAAGGCUCACAGGUGGAGGUCCAAGUUACAAGCCGAUGACGGACUUCGAAGAAAUGGCUUUGUCUACAUUUGGCUCGGCCGCUGUAGAUGGGAUGCAAAAUGUACAAAGCCUAGGUUUAACGCCAAUUGAGCGAACGGAUGAAUGCGCAAUUUCAUCACCCACGGGUAGUCCUCAACAAUUAUGCAGUCAUGUAGAUGCAAGCCCAAAUCCCGAACACUAUACAGCAAGUCCAUCGAUACCAUCUACGUAUCUUAGCUUGGAAAACCUGAAUGCUUCAACUUUGGUGCUAUCACGAAGUGCACGAAAUAAGCUUAUCAGCACUUUGAUAGCUGAUAUACCAAAAAGGAAUGCUGCUGAGGAAGAGAGGCGACGGGAGCUUCGUGAAAUGAUGCAGGCCAUUCAAGGCCUAACUAGUUCUAUAACAGAACUUAUAAAAUCGUUUAAUAGUAAUGAAAAAUAA